CUUUUGCUGAGCUCCAGACAGACAUCAAUGAGCUGACCAGUGACCUGGACCGCUCGGGAAUCCCCUACCUGGAUUACCGCACCUACGCUAUGCGAGUCCUGUUCCCUGGCAUCGAGGACCAUCCCGUGCUGCGGGAGCUGGAGGUACAGGGGAAUGGGCAGCAGCACGUGGAGAAGGCCCUGAAGCUCUUCGCCCAGCUCAUCAACAACAAGGUGUUCCUGCUGACCUUCAUCCGCACCCUAGAGCUCCAGCGCAGCUUCUCCAUGCGCGACCGUGGCAACGUGGCCUCACUCAUCAUGACGGGCCUGCAGGGCCGCCUGGAGUACGCCACCGACGUCCUCAAGCAGCUGCUCUCGGACCUCAUCGAGAAGAACCUGGAGAACAAGAACCACCCUAAGCUGCUGCUGCGGAGGACAGAGUCUGUGGCUGAGAAGAUGCUGACCAACUGGUUUGCCUUCCUCCUGCACAAGUUCCUGAAGGAGUGCGCGGGGGAGCCCCUCUUCAUGCUCUACUGCGCCAUCAAGCAGCAGAUGGAGAAGGGCCCCAUCGACGCCAUCACGGGUGAGGCCCGCUACUCUCUGAGUGAAGACAAGCUCAUCCGGCAGCAGAUCGAGUACAAGACCCUGAUCCUGAACUGCGUCAACCCCGACAACGAGAACAGUCCAGAGAUCCCAGUGAAGGUGUUAAACUGUGACACCAUCACACAGGUCAAGGAGAAGAUCCUCGAUGCUGUCUACAAGAACGUGCCCUACUCCCAGCGGCCGAGGGCCGUUGACAUGGACUUGGAGUGGCGGCAAGGCCGGAUCGCCCGGGUCGUGCUGCAAGACGAGGACAUCACCACCAAGAUUGAGGGCGACUGGAAGCGGCUGAACACGCUGAUGCAUUAUCAGGUGAGGGCAGGGGCUUUGCACCACGACUUUUGACUCCCCAGAUUGUUCCCUUCACUCCAGGGUUUGCUCUCAAGCCCUCGGAAGCCAUCUCCCCUUUCCUCCUCCUUCUGAAUCUAAAUCGGAAAUUCUCAGGCAUGGUUAGGA